CAGCAGCAGCAGCAGCAGCAGCACUGCCGUCGCUACCACCUCCUCGGACUCCGUCGCAUCUCUCUUUCUCUCUCUCCCUCUCCUUCUUUCCGUCUUUCUCCAUCUCUCUGUUUCUCUUCCCCUGUCAAUCUCUCCCUUUCUCACUCACGUCGCUGCACCCUCCGCUAGUCCCGCCGCUCCAACCCUCUCGCGCGCGCCUCGGCGCCUCGUCCUCCUCCGGUGCCAAUGCCGCAGUACCGACUGCUUUCCGCGGAAGGUGGAAACCCGUGUAACACGACCGUAUAUAGAUUUUCAAUUAGUCAAGGGGCGGCAGCAUAGGAAAUUAUGUGUCGCGUGUCACCGCGAGCCGUCGCGAAUACUUGAAGCGCGCGUUCGUCGUUGCCGAUUAUCGUCGUCUUCAUCGUCGUCAUCAACACAUCGUGCACCUCGUCGAUUGAAUUUCGUCGCGCGCUUCUCGUUCCACGCGCCAGCGGCAAAAACCGCGUGCGUUUCGCGCUCGUGUUCGUUCCGUUCCUCUCCGUCGGCUAAGCGUGGAAAGAUCGAUUUCCUACGCGUACGAUAGAUAGAGAGAGAGGAAGAGAGAGUCUAGAAAGACAGAGAACGGAGAGCGUGUGCGUUCGUCGCGAUCGAGUGUUUACCAGGGAUCACGUUGUGGAUCCGUUGUGCGAGAGGGAACGAUGACUCGUCGUCCCGAAGCCGCGGGAGUUAGGAGAUAGGUCGAUCUUUCGCCUGCCACGAGGCGCCGCGCCGCGCCAAGCGCAUCAUCAUCGCCGGAUUAUUCCCGACGAUCUUGGAGAACCGGAAUCACUCGCGGGAGCGAGAAUGCUGCGCGCGGCCUUCGUCGUCUUAUUGCCACGGCUCCUCGUAUUGUCGUCGCUGCUCAUCCAUUCAGGCGUCGUCGUCGUCGCCCUACGCAUGACAUCCCUGCAGAUACCGGAGCACGUUGUCCUGAAUGAGACGGUGCGCAUGCAGUGCAACUUCAACUUGGACAAAGAGCAAUUGUACUCGGUGAAGUGGUACAAGGACGGUCACGAAUUUUAUCGCUUCACGCCCAGAGAUAGUCCCGAGGUGCUAAUGUUCCCCGUGCGCGGCGUAAACGUGAACAGGUUCCAGUCUAACCGAACCUUGGUUGUCCUGAACAACGUGGAUCUGACGAGUUCGGGGAGGUAUCGCUGCGAGGUGUCGGGCGAGGCCCCCGCUUUUGAGACCGUCUCCGAUCACGGGGACAUGACUGUAGUCGUUCUACCUAACGAAGGACCGCAGAUAACCGGCGGUCGUUCCAAGUAUCAGCUGGACGAUGUCGUUCGCAUGGACUGCACGUCGGCGCCUUCUAAACCACAUGCGCUAUUGUCUUGGUUCAUCAACGACGAGCCGGCUGACACCGACUACCUGAUAGGGCCUGAUAUCGUCAUAGACGAGAACGGUCUGGACAUCGCGAAACUCGGUCUGGAGUUUCGCGUCGGAAACAAGCACUUCAGGCAGGGCGACAUGAAGCUAAAGUGCUUGGCCACAAUAGCCACGGUCUAUAAGCAGAGCAACGAGGAGAGCGUGGUGGGCGAUGAGAGCGUUCUGAAAACGUCUAUAAUGGAGAGCCGCGAGACCAGGGCGCAGAGCCAUACUCGCGAGGACCUGGCAAACGGAACCGCGAGUGUCGCAGUCGAAUGGACGAUCCUCGUCAUCGCCCUCGUCGUCACAUCGAUCGCCAUCGCGCGAUAAUAACGACAAAACGUUUUCCCCUCUUCCUCUUCCCCCCCCCAUCCCCCCACAUUGUUUCCUAAUCAUAUACACGUUAAGAGAGAUCAGUUUCACCCUUACUAAUAAUUCCUAAAAUUCGCGUAAUCGUAAAAAAAUAACGCAAUAUUGAUAAUGCAUAUAAUAAGUGUACGUCCAGUUUGCGCGUCGUCGGCGUACGCGUGAUGAAUUCUUAUACAUAACUACAUGCGGUUUAGGCUCUAAAUGUAUUCUCGUGCACGCUCGAAGAGAAGGAAGCGAACGAUCAUUCCCUCUCUCUCUCUCUCCGCGCGUUUGUUUAGAUCGUCCAAAGUUGUCUCAAGCGAGGAACGUCGUAAAGGACGAGUCGUCGUCUCUUGUAUCGCUUUCCAGAUACGUCGAUGUUAUUCUUACUACGAUUUUUACAAAGGGAUUUUCUAUUUUCACGACAUAUCAUUUUCAUUCUCACAUUGACGGUCGCGUGUAACGGCCGGAUGACGAUCUUCCCUCUCGCCGGUAUGUUGGUCCCUCGGGUCCCCAACUUACGGUCCCGCGAAUGCGCUUUCACCGGAAUCGCUAUCGUCCAAAUGCCCUACUACAAUCCUCCCCGCCGCCCUUUUUCCCCCUCAGCGAUUUCUUCGUACAAAGCAGAGUUAAUGGUAGUCGCGAAGGCGGCCGCGAAAUAGAUUUUUUUAUAUUCAUACACGGUCGAUAAAUCGUUCUCGUAUGUGCGAGUGAUUGCGAAAAAUGAAUGAAUUGAAAAAGAAUUUAUGGAAAUUUAUUUUGCAAAAUUAUGAAUAUCCAAUCGUCGGCGCUUGAUUUUGUAGAUUAAAUAUUUAACUUUGCAAAAAUUAAUCAUAAAAGAAGCGUUCCACAUUUUUCUUCAUUCGUGUCUAUCUUUUGCAGUGCGCGAUAAUAGCGUUUGAAGAGACGCUUUUUGUUCAUUUCUUCCUUUCCGUUUUUAUCAUCUUUCCGAGUAUAUUUAGUUAACCGUGUUACCCUCUGUGAGUGAGUUAUAAUUUUUCUUGGCUUUAUAAUUUACUGAUAUAACUCGAUCGGUAAAGAUAGCUCGAAUGUUGCUACUAAAAUAGCAUAUGAGUACUAUAAGUGUAAUAUAAUAUUAUAGACAAUAUAUAUAAUAUAUCCUAAAAUAUAUAGAUAAAAAAAAAUGUUUAAAGAUAGAAAAGCAUUUGUUAAAAAAAAAAAAAAAAAAAUAA